CUCAGAAUGGUUUGUUACAGAAUCUACCAGCCGGGGCUAACUGAAAUGCUAAUCGGCUGAAUUUUAAACCCCAUGGUAUGUCAUUUGUGACCAAUCAUUUGGUUUCCCUCAUACUUUUUUUUUUUUUUCCCCCAGGAAGAGCCCUGAAGACAGCAUGUCUGGGUAGCGUUAUGAGGCUGACUGUCGAUAAGUCUCUAGCUUUUGGAAGUCAGAUUGAAUUUGACGCCAUUAAUGGCUCUCAGAAUCUACCUCUAACUCCUUCCCUGGCAGUUAAAUGUGGCUUCAGUGUAAACUCUGAUCCCUGGGGUAACACCAAUGUCUUUGCAUCUGUCCUGAACUGUUUUGCAGGGAAUGAGAAUGAUCGCGAGUUUGAUAUUGACAUGCGUGUCCGAGUGCGUGGCAUCAACAAAGCAGAGCAAGAUGUCUUUGAGGUGAAAAAGUCCUGUAGCUACAACCAAUGGGCCCCCCGUGAAAUUCUUUGUGAUCGUAAUUAUAUGGAGGUUUCCGUCAACCGAUUGCCCGGGGAAAUUACUGCCUUGAAAACACAGCCAAAGAUGCCCAAAGAUCAAAUGUUUGGGACCGAUACGCUUUCAGAGGCCAUUACCUCUAGAUACAACAUCUGGAGAAUGGUGUUUUUCACUCCUAAACAAAAAGCCAUGGUGUUGGAGGAUGCGCUAAAUACAGGAUAUGGUGUAACAACAACCAGGUCUCGGCUAGUGCUGCGAAGCGGUUUUGACAUGCCUGAGACGUAUGUGGAACACGUGAAUGGAGUGCCCAUGAAGUUUAUUAGGGUAACAACCUACUUCAAGAAACAAUGGUCCGUAACCAUGUUGGAUACUGUUGCUGCAUGUCCAACCGGUGGACUUGUCUUUACGGAUGAACUUAUCACCUGGAAUUUCCCACGAUUUAACCCUCUAAUGAGUUCUGCUGAUAGCAAAAUCCUUGGGAUGGUCAUGGGAAUGGAUGGAGAGCAGAUUGACUCUGCACAAAUGGCUGCCAAAGGCUAUAGUUUGACAACCACAGACACUUUUAUUGUAAUGACACUACCCAUUGGUGGACCAGAUGGCUACUACAAGAGUCAUAUUGUAAAUGGCCAGUACCACAUCAGAUACACCAUUGAGCCAAUGCUGGAGAUAUUGUGGAGUGAAGGUGGCUUUGACUCAACCAGAUACAAAGUCCUUUUCCCCAUCAAGACCCCUUUUAUGCCUAGACCACCCCAAGCUGUUGACUACACUAAUGUAGACCAAAGGGUGUUUGAUGUGCUUUUGGGUACAUUCCUUCAUGAUGUUCAGUUGGUGAACAUCACCUUUUCCACUGGAGUCCUUACUGUUGCAGAGGCCAAUGCGAGGGGCUUCAAUGUACAAGAGCACCGCUUCCAAAAUGGCUCCAAGGCAUUCAGACUUCAAGUGCCCUUUUCUGAUACCGUUGUUGUCACAACUCAAUCUGGUCUGGUUGCUAUGGUCUACACCCUUCCCCUUAUCUUUGGUUUUAUGAUCCUGCCUGAAUACACUCCUUUUUCUUACCCUGCAUCCGUAACCGUAACCCUUCAAGAUAUCAUUCUCCCAACUUUGAGUGGAGCCUGUGAUAAGGAAAGGUUCCACAUCAUGAUUUCAAAUGGAAAUCUGGGCAAGAACUUUAAUAUAAUGCUGGGCACAAGUGACCUGACUCCAGAGCGGCAAGCAGAGUAUGAUGUUAAGGAGAACGGCACUCACAUAUUGUUGGCAGUGCCUUUCCUAGCGUCUGACGUUGCAUUUGAGUUGAUGUACCCAUCAUCCUUGAGGGCACGGCUUGAUGUGUUACUAUGGGACCCUGUCAAAAAAUGGAGCCUCAGUGACUUCUCCCUGGCCUGCAACUUUCCCAUGACAAUGACUGAGUGUUUCAGCAAUGGCUCCAUGUCCGCACUUGCAGUAAAGGUAGAAUCUGUGUCCCAACUUGUCCCCAGUCAACUUACCUUGACCGAUCCCUUGUGCAAACCCAAAUUCAGCAACGACCGCUUUGCCUACUUCUCUUUUGAUGCAAACAGUUGUGGAACCACUAGAACGUUCUAUGAUGGAGUCCUGAUGUAUCAGAAUGAAAUCUCUAUGGGUGAUGAACGACCAGUUUCCCUGCAGGCUAAAAAAGGUGUACCCUCUAGUCCUCCCUAUCAACAGUACAGAGUGACUGUAUCCUGCUUUUACAAGAGAAAUGAUACCCAGACGAUUGCAUUCUUCACAAAGCCGCGAGAAAGUGAACCCCUCCCUGAGACUGGUUUUGGCGAGCUGCAAGUCAUACUGAGACUUGCCAUGGGUGGCUCUUAUAGAAAUUUUUACGUAGAGCAGGAUUUCCCAGUUGGACGGUACCUAAGAGAACCUCUGUUCUUUGAGGUGGAGCUUCUACAGUCCACUGAUCCUCAGAUAGAGCUGGGCUUGGAGAACUGUUGGGCUACUCUGAAACCAGACCGGAGCACUACUCCAAGAUGGGACUUGAUUGUUGAUGGCUGUGUGAGUCUGGCUGACAGUUAUGAAACUGUCUUCCAUCCUGUAACUCCUGAUGGGGUUCAUUUCCCAUCUCACAUGAAGCGUUUUGAAAUCAAGAUGUUUGCUUUUGUGCAGGAAAAUAUAAUCCUCAAAGAUCAGAUGUUUGUACACUGUGAUGCUGUGCUGUGUGAUAUCAAUCAGACUAAUGGAAUCUGCAAGAGACAAUGUUCCUCUCCCAUUCCUUUAAAAACUGCAAAGAAAGUACGAAGAGACGCUGAAAACGACCAAUUCCAGAGAGCACAGCUGUCAUCAGGAAAAAUAGUAUUCUCAAGCUCUUAGUUCAUUUUGGUUCUCAAUCUUAAUAAAGUCACAUUGAAA